GUGACUCAAAGAAAAAGGCUAAGCUAGAAAUAGCUAGGGAUACAACUCAAAAGAGAAAAGAGCAAGAAGAUGGCACAAGAAGAAAUGAGAAAAGGACCAUGGACAGAACAAGAAGAUCUUCAACUUGCAUUUUAUGUGAAUUUGUUAGGCGAUCGACGAUGGGAUUUCUUAGCCAAAGUUUCAGGUUUUUAAGGUUGGAGGGAGACAUAUAAAUUAGGUAGGCUUGUCUUGGACAUGAAAUCUUAUUUUCAUGGAACAAAUUCUAACUCCUUUUUUUUCUAUAUACAAAUUUUGUUUUUAUGUUGUGUAAAUAGGUUUGAGAAGAACAGGAAAAAGUUGUAGAUUACGAUGGGUGAAUUACUUACAUCCUGGUCUCAAACGUGGAAAGAUGACUCCUCAAGAAGAACGUCUUAUUCUUGAACUCCACUCCAAAUGGGGAAAUAGAUGGUCAAGAAUUGCAAUGAAAUUACCAGGAAGAACUGAUAAUGAAAUCAAGAAUUACUGGAGAACUCAUAUGAGGAAAAAGGCUCAUGAUGAGAGGAAAAAUAACGCGUCUAGUUUUUCUCCAUCUUCAUCCUUCUCCAACUCUUCAUCUUUCUCAUCUAAUAGUCCUGAUGUGGAUUUCACGCCCAUUAAGAAAAACAAUGAAAGGAACUUCUAUGAUACGGGUGGAUUUGAGAAAAAGAAUGAUGGUGACAAAAUGGUGUACUCCAUGGAUGAAAUAUGGAAAGAUAUUGAAUUAUCACAAGAAAGUGAAACAAUGAAUAAUAUUAAACCAAUUAUGCCAUCACCUAUAUGUAAUUAUUACCCAAACACUCUAUGGAUGUCAAAUGAAGAAGAAACUAAAAUGUUUCCUCAAUUUUAUUGCUUGGACAACCAGGAUAACACAUUCUUUGCUGGCUAACAAAGGGUUACUAUAUAUUUUAGAGGGGUUAAAUCAUAUACACUGACAAUUUAAAGAUUUUUUACAUGACAGUUUUGAUUUAACGAACUAUAAUAGGUUAUUACUUUAUUUUGUUUUUACCUGUUAUAGGUUAAAUUAACCUGAUAGUGUAAGAAAAUUUUUAUAUUAUCAGUGAAUAUAACUUAAAUCCUCGUAUGUGGAGGUAAUUUGUUUUAGAGUUGGUGUAGGGUUAUUAUGAGUAAAUUUUUAUUAGCUCUGACUUUGUGAAUAGAAAUGGUAAAAAUCCCUAAAUAAGAAGGCAGACUAUGUUAACACAUGAUGUGUUUAUUGGAAGCCACAUAUUUUGUAUCAU